AUGCAUUUUGAGUCUCUUGCUGUGGCGGCUCUGAGCCUUGUUGUUACGGCUGUUGCCCAACGACAGGCAGGCACUAGUAUUUGUGAUUAUUACACUGCUGCUUUGUUUAAGGACAAUACUUCUUACAAUCAAAAGAAAUUAUUGGUCCAUGUGGUCAACAGGGCUCUCAUUGGUAAUAUUGGAGAUCAAUCAGCCUCUAGUGUCAAUGUCCCUGGUAUGCUUACCAAUGGAACUUACAAUGGUAUCAAAGUCAGUCUGUUGCCAUACUUCAACGGUGGACUCGUCUCUACCAAUGGAGGGAACAAACCAUUAUCUGUCAACUUUCUCGAUGGUGGAGGAGCAGAUAGUCUUCGUAAUUACCAGCCUGCCAAUUCCGAUACAACCAAUCAAUAUUCACUCAUGACCCAUCUCUACCAGUACUUCGGUGUAUUACUUUCAUGUUCCAAACAAGGUGGUGCUGAUUUCCCGAGAUAUUCUGGUUCUGCAUCUCAGUAUAAUGUUCAUAAGUUCAUGUAUCUUUCUGACGCUGAAGUCAAUUACUUCAUCGAACAAGUUGCAUUAUCCGCUGCAUCCUUUGGUGUUUCUGACUCGGAUCUUAUGACCAUCGGCUACUCACUCCAAGAAUCAUUUGGAUACCGUUGCCUACCACCAACGACUAUUGUUCCCAAACAAGGACGACAGUUGCAAUCAAUUUGUACCGAUAAUACAUGUCCUCUGGCGCCAAACAAUACUUGUGACUAUUACGAUCAAACGGUCGCCAAGCCUAGUUUAUCUCCUGGCAGAUCACCCGGCACUGGCUCGAGCACUGGUACUAGAACUAAUACCAGUACAGCCACUAGAACUGGCAAUACUACUAUCUCAGGUACUAGAAUCGGUACCAGUAUCAACGGCACAAAUUCGCCAUUGGGUUCGGCAUCUACUACCGUUACGAAUGUCACAAAUCCAUCCUUAGGUCUUGGAUCUGCAACGAUAGCCAAUGGUGUCAAUCCACCCUCAGGUCCUGGGUCUGUAAAUAAUGUUAGUAGUACUGUGGGUGCUGCCAAACCAACUCAAGUCACAGCAGGUGCUGCCACUAUUGGUUUGAGUUUUGCUGCCAUUGCUGGUGGUCUUGCAGCAUACUUCUUAUAG